AUGGGCGGCGGUGAUCUAAAUAUGAAAAAGAGCUGGCAUCCUAUGCUGAUGAAGAACCAGAGAGUGGUUUGGGAUAAAGAGCAGGAUGUUCUCCACGAGAAGAAGAAACUUGAGCAGUUGAGAAGGGAGAAGGAGGAGGAGAGGCAACUGCAGCAACUGCAGCAAUUACAACACGCUUCUACGGGCUCAGCACCUUCCGACAGAAUGGAAUGGAUGUACGCUGCUCCUGCCACCGCUAACUCUUUAAACUCAUCCGAAAUGGAAGAUUAUCUCCUUGGCAAGAAGAGGGUUGAUCAUAUUCUAAAGGGUGACGAUGAGAAAGGGCUAGCGGGUCAGCAGCAACAGCAACCUCAACAGCAUCCCAACAAUCCCCGUGACACCUCCUCUAAGAUCAAACUAGACCCAAUGCUCGCAAUUAAACAACAAGAACAAGCUGCUUACGACGCUCUCCUUAAAAACCCAUUUAAACUUGGUCAGCUGAGGGAAUCCGCAGGUCAUUCAUCCUCUUCCUCUAGAGCUGAAAAAGAUGAACGCAAACAAGCUAGACAUGAAAAGAGGUUGUUCAAGGAGAGUUUAAGAGAGGGUAAAACACGUAAUGAUAGAUUGGGUGAUAGGUAUGGUGAUAUAAGGGGUGAUAGACGGAGUGGUAGAUACAGCGAUAGAUACAACGAUAAAUAUAGCGAUAAAUAUAGCGACAGAUACAGUGACAGAUACAGCGACAGAUACAGCGACAAAUACAGUGACAGAUACAGCGACAAAUACAGUGAUAGAUACAACGAUAGAUACAACGACAGAUACAACGAUAGAUAUCGUGAUAGUCAUCGCUACUCCCCACCACCACGCAAGCAUCACUCCCCAUCACAGCAUCCCCCAAAUCCCUCCUCACAGUCUCGCGCUGAUAAGUUGGCCGCUAUGUCAGCUUCUGCCCAAUCACUCCAAUCCGAACGCGACAUUCGCCUCGCAGACAUGCAACGCAAGGAUGAUGCCGAGAAGAAGCGUGACGAUAUUGCUAGAUCCAGAGAUGUGAAAUAUGGCAACCACAAUCAAUUCAUUGCAAACGAGCAACGUAAAGUUUAUUCUGGAGAUGGCGGUCUAGCUGAGCAAAUGAGACGGAGGGGUGGUAACGGUGGUGGUGUAGUGUAA